UUAGAUAAGAUGAGAUUUGAAUUCUAAAUUCUUAUACAUUGACAACUUAACUGACUGUACAGUAGUACAGUACUCAGUAAAACACUUAAAGUACCAUGAAACUUACAAAAUGCAAAAUGCGGAUACUAAAUAAUUAUAUUUCAUUAAAUAAACUCUCCAAAGUCUCAGUAAUUCUCUUUAAAGCCUAAAUGUAUUAUUAAUUUAAUUCAUAUUAAUUAAUGAUCGUGUUUGUAUUUUACAAUUAGGUAAUAGUUAGUAGACUGAUGAUCAAAAAAAAAAGAAGACUACCUAAUUAAGAAAAAGAAAUGUGCAAUUGUCCAUUGUUGAAACAUGAAAUAUCCAACAUUGCUGACUGUUGUUACAUCUUUAUUGAUCAUAAGAUUGUUCCAUCUAUACAUAGUUCGUUCAUGGUAUGUCCCAGAUGAAUACUGGCAGUCUUUGGAAAUAGCUCAUUACGUUACUUUUGGUUAUGGAUAUCGCACUUGGGAAUGGAUCGUUGGUAUAAGAAGUUAUAUUUCCAUCUCAUGGAUUGUAAUACUAUAUAAAAUUUUAAAAUAUUUCUCACUGGACACGUUACAACUUUUAAUAUGGAGUCCACGCUUUCUACAAACACUUUUUUCAACAUUCUCAGAUUAUUGUUUUGUGUGCUGGAUACAAAAACACGCUAAAUGUUCAAAUGUAUUUUGGCCAGUAGUAUGUUAUAUGUCAAAUCCGUUUUUGGCAUAUUGUUCAACACGUACCUUAGUUAAUACAUUGGAAACCAACUUGACAACAAUUGCAUUGUAUUACUACCCUUGGUCAUUGAAAAAUAAAGAUGUGAAAUUCUUAUGGAUAGUUGCUCUUGCUUGUAUUAUACGCCCAACCGCAAUAAUAGUUUGGUUUCCAUUAAUUGUGUUUGAUUUUUUUGCUCAUAAACGUUACACUGUAAAUAAUCUUAUAAGAUAUAUUUGUAUUGGUUUGAUGUCACUUAUAUUUUCUAUAACGUUAGAUUCUUACCUUCACGGUUCUUUUGUUGUUACACAGUGGAAUUUUUUGUAUUAUAAUAUUAUAAAAAAGGUCAAUGCUCAUUAUUCUGUUGAACAUUGUUAUUGGUAUUUUGUCAGUGGACUACCACCAGUGUUGGGACCAAUAUUUUUUAUAUUAAUUUAUUGUUUUAUCAAAAAAUUAAGGCACAUUAAUCUUUAUGAUACUGAUUCCAAGUUGGCAAUUACAAUAUUUUGGUCUUUGUCAGUGUUAAGUAUGGUUUCUCAUAAAGAACAACGAUUUCUAUUGCCAUUGUUUCCAAUGAUAUUCUUUAUUACAUCUCAACAAAUUUCUAUAGUUUGUAAAAAGUUUAUAAAAUUAGGAAUUUUUACGAUCAUAUUAAAUAUCAUAAUAUUAAUUUAUUUGGGACGGUAUCAUCAAAUAGGGUCUACCAAAGUUAUGUCACAUUUAGCUGAGAUACCUCAAAAUUCAACAUUAUUAUUUCUAAUGCCAUGUCAUUCAACUCCACUUUACAGUCACCUUCAUUUGAAUAUAACUACAAGGAUCUUAACAUGUGAGCCAAAUCUUCAUGGCAUAUCAAAUUAUACUGAUGAAGCAGAUAUAUUUUUUGAAAAUCCAAAGAAGUGGCUUGAAGAGUCGUAUUCAGUUAAAAGUAAUAAUAGUUUUCCCACUCACAUAGUUAUGUUUGAUAAACUAUUAAACAAAGUACAAGGAUUUUUAACUAAAGGAAAAUAUAAAAGUAUUUUAUCAAUAUUUCACACUGACUUUCCUUCUGUCAGAACUGGGCAUUACAUAUAUGUGUUUUCAUGCAUUGAAUACCCUAAUUAUAUAGUAUAAUUAUUUUAAAUUUUGUUUUCAGUAAAAUAUGAAAUUUAUUGUUUGAUUAUAUUUUCAUUAACAAUGUUAUCAUU